CGGGACCUGCGCCGGGCGGGGGCGGGGCGGCCGGGGAGGGAGAGCGGCAGGCGGGAAGGGGCGGGGAGCGCGCUCCUGCGGCGGCGGCGGCGGCUGUGCUCAUCCCGGCGACCCAGCGCUCGAGUGGACGCGGGGCUUCGCAAAUGGCUUGUCCUGCUCUCGGUUUGGAAGCGCUUCAGCCCCUGCAGCCCGAGCCUCCCCCCGAGCCCGCCUUCUCCGAGGCACAGAAGUGGAUCGAGCAAGUAACUGGCAGAAGUUUUGGUGAUAAAGAUUUUCGAACAGGGCUAGAAAAUGGAAUCCUUCUCUGCGAGUUGCUGAAUGCUAUAAAGCCAGGACUUGUUAAAAAGAUCAAUAGAUUGCCUACCCCCAUUGCAGGAUUGGACAAUAUCAUCUUAUUCUUGAGAGGUUGUAAAGAGCUCGGCCUUAAAGAAUCUCAACUCUUUGACCCGAGUGACCUCCAAGAUACAUCCAACAGAGCAACGGUCAAGAGCCUUGACUAUAGUAGGAAGCUGAAAAAUGUAUUAGUUACCAUCUACUGGCUGGGAAAAGCUGCCAACAGCUGCACGUCCUAUAGCGGAACUACCUUGAACCUGAAGGAGUUCGAAGGAUUGUUGGCACAGAUGAGAAAGGAAACUGAUGACAUUGAGAGUCCUAAACGCAGCAUCCGAGACAGUGGCUACAUCGACUGCUGGGAUUCCGAGCGCAGUGACUCUCUCUCCCCUCCUCGCCACGGCCGGGAUGAUUCCUUCGACAGCCUGGACUCCUUUGGCUCCCGCUCCAGGCAGACACCUUCGCCAGAUGUAGUGCUCAGGGGAAGCAGUGAUGGGAGAGGAAGUGACUCUGAAUCCGACUUGCCGCAUCGGAAGUUGCCAGAUGUGAAGAAGGAUGACAUGUCUGCCCGGCGGACUUCCCAUGGCGAGCCGAAAUCAGCAGUGCCUUUUAACCAGUACCUCCCAAACAAAAGCAACCAGACAGCCUACGUCCCAGCUCCUCUGAGAAAGAAGAAAGCAGAGCGAGAGGAAUACCGGAAGAGCUGGAGCACCGCCACCUCCCCCCUGGGCGGGGAGAGGCCCUUCAGUUGUCCUGAAACAAUAGAGGAAGAGGGGAGCGAAGUGGGGUCUCCUGGUGAAGAAGACCCAACCUGCCAAACGGAUCCUGGUGGGAAGGCUCCCAAUGGUGGUUUAGAAUUACCCAACCUCAGUGGGAAGGAGCAGCCUCCUGCAGAGGGGGCUUCGGUGGCACCAGCUCCUGCGUCUCAAGACAAAGAUGCUGCUGAAAUCCAAAAACGCAGAAGGCUAGAGCAAGCUGGGAUCAAGAUCAUGCCAGCAGCGCAGCGCUUUGCCAGUCAAAAGCAAGUAAAUGAAGAGAAAGAAACUGUUCGUGAUAUUAUCCUUCGCAAAGAAAAUUCUUUCCUGACCCACCAACACGGCAGAGAUUCCGAAUCAGAAGAUGAGGUUGCACAUCGACUGCCCGACCUUGAGAAAGAUGACUUUGCUGCAAGAAGAGCGAGGAUGAACCAAACCAAGCCAGUAGUGCCAUUGAAUCAGCUCCUCUAUGGGCCUUAUCUUAAGAAAGAUGCAGAGAAAUCAGAUGGCAGCAAACAGCUCUCAAAGGGGAUCUCAGAAAAGAAAAGUCUAGAAUAUAAAAGAAAGCAGGGCCAAACAGAAGAGAUGAAGUCAACCGGGACCUGUAUUAUGCGAGCUCAGGGGAGUGAACCAGUGGAAGAGGGACUCAGGAAGGUCCCAGACCUGUACAAGGAUGACCUGGCCCAGAGGAGAAUUCAGGGCAGUCUUGGUCCCCACCGGGAGGUGCCCAGCUUCAUCACACUCUCCAGCAUUACAGAGGCUGACUUGCAGACAUGGGAGAGACUGAAGGUUUCAGAAAAGACAAGGGAUGGAGAUGCUCAGCACAUCUGCGUCCCUGAGCCUUCACCUGAAAUCAAUGCAGAAACCGCCAUCCGUGAUGAUUUUGCCAGCCGCAAAGCCAGGGCCUACACAAAAACUUCCAGCCCUAGGCAAAAGUUUGUGCACUUUGGGCCAGUGACAGAAAUAGAUCAGCAGAAAUGGAAGCGGCUCAGCAUUGGCAAGGCGGGGCCUAGGGAGGAUAUAGAAGAAGUUAUCACUCAUGGCAACAAGAUUCAAAAUGUGUCCCCUGACUCAGCAGCUACUUCCAACUUAAAGGAAGACCAAAAGCUUAAUCCACAAAAUUACUGCAGGACAGUGACUUCUGGCAUAGACGACCAUUGCAAAAGACUCUCGUGGCUGGCUUCUGCGCCAGAGUCUCAGGAAGAGCAGGUCUGCAAUUUGGGCGAGUGCCCAAGGAGGACACAGGAAGUUACAUCCGAAGAGCUGCCACAGGCUUGCAAAGAAGAAAAAGAUGGAGUUGAUCAAAGGGAUUCUGAGAUGUCACAAAAGACAGAAAGAUCAGAGGAGCACAGCCAGCCCCUAGCAUGCCUUCUGGCCUCUGAAUGGAAGACUUCUGGGACAGAAGAGAAGUCAGAGAAAGCGACAGCUCCUCCCUGGAAUGGCAGUGGACUGAAAGACCAAAGCAAGUUGUCUGAGUCACAAAAAGAUGACAUGAUGACAAGGAGAACUGGGAUAUCCCCUAGACACCCUGGAUCCAACCCAAACCAGUUCCUUCCGGUUCCGUUUGCAAAGCAGCAGGAUGUGGAGGAAUCUGUAAAGGGUCUGCCCCUGAAUGAUCCAAGAUACGGUCCGAGAACUCCUGUGUCAGAUGACGCAGAGAGCACGAGUAUGUUUGACAUGCGGUGUGAGGAGGAGGCCGCGGUGCUGCCGCACAGCAGGGCCCGCCAGGAGCAGCUGCAGCUGAUAAAUAACCAGCUGAGGGAAGAGGACGACAAAUGGCAAGAUGACCUGGCUCGUUGGAAGAGUCGUAGAAGAAGUGCCUCUCAGGACUUAAUCAAGAAAGAAGAAGAAAGGAAAAAAAUGGAGAAGUUACUGGCGGGAGAAGAUGGGACAAGUGAACGAAGGAAAAGCAUCAAAACCUACAGAGAAAUUGUUCAAGAAAAAGAGCGGAGAGAGAGGGAGUUGCAUGAGGCAUAUAAGAACGCGCGGUCCCAGGAAGAGGCAGAGGGAAUCCUUCAGCAGUACAUCGAGCGGUUCACCAUCAGUGAGGCUGUUCUCGAACGCUUGGAGAUGCCAAAAAUUCUGGAAAGAAGCCAUUCAACAGAGCCAAACUUCUCAUCCUUCCCGAAUGACCCAAACCCUAUGAAAUACCUACGGCAACAGUCACUGCCUCCACCCAAAUUCACUGCCACUGUUGAAACCACCGUUGCUCGUGCCAGUGUUCUGGACACCAGCAUGUCAGCUGGCAGUGGGUCUCCAAGCAAAACUGUCACCCCCAAAGCAGUGCCUAUGCUGACACCCAAGCCUUACUCCCAGCCCAAAAACUCUCAGGAGGUUCUGAAGACCUUUAAGGUAGAUGGGAAAAUCAGCAUGAAUGGAGAGACGGUCCACGGAGAUGAGGAGGAAAAGGAGAAACAGGACCCCACAGGGGUGCCUGCUCCCACCCUAACCAAAUCCCAGAUGUUUGAAGGUGUGGCUAGAGUACAUGGGUCCCCAGUGGAGGUGAAACAGGAUAACAAUAGCAUUGAGAUCAACAUCAAGAAGCCAAAUUCUGUUCCCCAGCAACUGGUGGCAAACAAUGAGGAAACUGAACUCAGCAGCCAAGAGGAUGAGAAUGAUGGUGGAAAACCAAGAAAAGGGAAUGCAGAACUUGCCUCCUCAGAGCCGCAGCAUUUCACAACAACGGUGACUCGAUGCAGCCCAACUGUGGCCUUUGUGGAGUUCUCCUCCAGCCCCCAGCUAAAGAACGAGGUGCCAGAAGAAAAAGACCAGAAGAAGCCAGAAAAUGAAAUGAGCGGAAAGGUGGAGCUAGUGCUAUCACAAAAGGUGAUGAAGCCAAAAUCCCCAGAACCAGAAGCAACCCUGACAUUUCCAUUUUUGGACAAAAUGCCUGAAACCAACCAACUACAUUUGCCAAAUCUCAAUUCUCAAGAGUCGCCUGGCACUGCCAGUGUUCCGCUUAGAGUUCAGAACUCUUGGCGACGUUCCCAGUUUUUCUCCCAGUCAGUAGAUUCUCCAAGCAGUGAAAAAUCACCUGCAACUACACCUUUUAAGUUCUGGGCAUGGGACCCAGAAGAGGAGCGCAGGCGACAGGAAAAGUGGCAGCAGGAGCAGGAACGUUUGCUCCAGGAGAGAUACCAGAAGGAGCAGGACAAGCUGAAGGAAGAGUGGGAAAAGGCCCAAAAGGAGGUGGAAGAGGAAGAACGCAGAUACUAUGAGGAGGAGCGUAAGAUCAUCGAAGACACUGUGGUUCCAUUCACUGUUUCUUCAAGUUCCGCAGACCAAUUGUCUACAUCCUCCUCUAUCACCGAAGGCAGCGGGACAGUGAAUAAAAUGGACUUGGAAAACUGUCAAGAUGAAGAGAAAGAGAGAAGACAGAAGAAAGCAUUCCAGGGGGGUGACAAUGACUUAUUGCUUAAGACUAGGGAAGGGGAUCCACUGGAUGAAAAGGACAGCCUAACUCAAGGACCCUUGGCUGACACUGAGACUCCCAUAGCAAGAGGAAUCCAUCAAGAACAUCAGCUGGAUACAGAGACUGGUGCUCCACACUGUGGGGUGAACCCACAGCUAGCUCAGGAUCUAUCCCAGAAUCAACAGAUAUCGAACACACCAAUGCACAUGUCGGAAGAUGUGAAGCCAAAAACCCUCCCAUUGGAUAGAAACAUUAACCAUCAGAUUGAGUCUCCGGGUGAAAGGCGAAAGAAAAGCCCUCGAGAGAACUUCCAGGCUGGGCCCUUGUCCCCCUGUUCUCCCACCCCUCCUGGCCAGUCACCAAACAGGUACAAGAGGUCUAUAAGCGGGAAGAAGCUGUGCUCUUCCUGUGGGCUUCCUUUGGGAAAAGGAGCUGCCAUGAUCAUCGAGACCCUCAAUCUCUACUUUCACAUCCAGUGUUUUAGGUGUGGAAUUUGUAAAGGACAGCUUGGAGAUGCAGUGAGCGGGACGGAUGUUAGGAUUCGAAAUGGUCUUCUGAACUGUAAUGAUUGCUACCUGCGAUCCAGAAGUGCUGGCCAACCUACAACAUUGUGACUUGGUUUUCAAGCUUCCACAUCACUCACUGUUCUUUAUUGAGAGUGUCCCCUGGCAAUUGCUUAACAAACCCCCAAGUUCAGGGGCUUCUCAACAUUCAUCUAAUUUCUGAAAGGCUCUUCGAAAGGUUCUGUCUGUUCUUUUAUAGCACAGUGUUUGUUUUUCCUGAUUUUCUGUUGUUGCUUUUGUGAGGUUAUUUUUCCCUCAUGUUCUUUUGCAUUAUACAAAAGAAUACUGAAUUGUAAUGAUCCUGAAUAGUUCAAAAAAAAGGUUUUUGCAUGGCCAAACAGGCUUGCAGUUUAAAAUAUUAUUCUCUUCUUUGGGAGGUAACUAAAGGAUGCAAUAAACCUGUUAUGUUUUAGUAUUUCUAGAAAUUAAACACUUUAUGUUUACAGAAUUGAGCUGCAGAAAGUGCAAGACAUGCCAAUUUGAGACAUGUGGUGUUCUAAGACAGGAGCAUAAAUUUAAUGCAUUUCAGAAAAACUAAGCAUCACAGUGAGCUCUGUCUCUGAGCUAUAACUUGUUUUUAAUGCAAAGACACGAGUCUGAUAAUAUAUACUGUAAUCCUGAAAACAUUUGUGUUACUCAUCUUUUGAGGUAGAAAAUUAAACCAAUAAAUUAUUGCACUGUUAGUAUUAGAUUUGUGUAUCUUGGAAGUUACAUCAUUAAUAUAGGCUGGUCCAUCAAAUAAAGAGAACCUUUGCAAUAUCAGCUAGACUUACACUCUAGGACAUUGCCAAAGGGUAGGAAGACACCAGAGUGAAAUACUUCAGUCAUCGUUUCCAAACUUAUUACCAAAAUCUAUGAGAAAGUUUAAUCUUGAAGACAGUGGUGGGUUCAUGAUAGCCAUGAGACCUGAGUUGCUUGCUUCUUCCCAGACACUAGAUCAGGAGUCUUCAAUAAGAGGCUUAAUAUGAGGAAUGGACAUGAGGCCAUCUUUGGGUGUGAUCACUGCUCACCCUACCUGCAAGUUCUCCUUGAGGGCACGCUGCACAGGUAUCUAAAGAAAAGCAUUAAAUCAGUCCACUCUGAUGGAAUCCACAUGAUAUACAAUGCAAUAAGCCACUGAUAUGUGAUCAGCAAGAACCUACAACUCAGAUUGUGUCCUGCCCACUCCUGUGGACAUCUGAGCUCCAUUGUUCUCCUACAUCACCUCCUUUACUAUCGAGAAUUCUGGACCUUGCUCAUGGAGUUUAGAAAGAAACUCUUGUGGAGACCUGGCUUAUUUUCUGCCCUCUAUGAUAAGUUUCAGCUGGACAAGAAAGGAAUCAAGUGACUAAAAACCAUCAAAAUUUAGAUCUCCAGGCUGUUUAAGACUGGGGAAAGGGGGACUAUUUAUUCUGCCUUAAAAUGAUGGCAAAUAAGUGAAGAUGACCUCUUGUGAAUGUAGGAUAUGGAUACACUCCCAAUAGGUUAAUGUAGUCAUAAAAAGAGGUCAAGUAGAUUUUUCUUUAUGUAAGCAAUAAUUUUUUCCUGUGUUCUAUCGAGUAUGGCUAGCAAUUAUUUAUUUCCAUGCUAGACGGUUCUUUGCAUGUGGGUUCCAUGUAGGUACAGAAAUUUCCUCAGCCACUGGUGGUAUUUUGACCACUUUGUCAUUUGGAUGAGCUGUCAUUGGAUUGAAAUCUAUACACCAUUUCAUUAAAAAUUGUGCCUUAGAAAAUGCAAAGCUGUUGCACAUGGUCAGCAAUGAAUUAUGGAUACAGUAUGUCACAGAGAGAUGAAGUCACUUCCAAGUUCCCAUGACUUCUCAUGGAGGUGUUUGCUGUUUUACAGGAAAAAAAAAAGUUAAAAAGAAAAUAAGGAAAAAUUUAAAAGAAAAAAGUUUUGAAAAUGUACAUAUUAAGUCCAAUAUUUUGAUUAA